AGGAGCUGCCGCCUCCGGGCCCCAGCCCAGGCCGGCCGCGAGCUCCCAUUUCUGCUCCUCCCGCUGCCCACUCGCCAACCCGCCCCGGGGACCGACAUGGCCCAGAAGCGUCCCGCCUGCGCCCUGGGACCCAAGCAGGUCCAGCAGCUGCUGCUGUCCUCCCAGGAGGCCAAGAAGUCCGCGUACUGCCCCUACAGUCACUUCCCCGUGGGGGCCGCCCUUCUCACUCGGGAGGGCAGGGUCUUCUCCGGGUGCAAUGUAGAAAAUGCCGCCUACCCACUGGGCAUCUGUGCUGAACGGACUGCUAUCCAGAAGGCUAUCUCAGAAGGGUACAAGGAUUUCAGGGCGAUUGCUAUUGCCAGUGACUUGCAAAAUGAUUUCAUCUCACCUUGUGGGGCCUGCAGACAAGUCAUGAGAGAGUUUGGCACCAACUGGGCUGUGUACAUGACCAAGCCGGAUGGUACGUAUGUUGUCAGUACAGUCCAGGAGCUGCUGCCUGCCUCAUUUGGGCCUGAGAACCUGCAGUGAAGGCUGGAUCACCCGUGUCCCACUGCCUGGGAGAGCCUGGGAUCCCCCAGGGCUUUCUCACAGACCUGGAGACACCUGCUGAAAGAGCCCCAACCCUGCAGGGGCUGGGCAGGGAGAACUUUUCCAAAUUACACUCAAGCACUAUGGUCUUCUGUUGAACUGAUAAAGGGUUUUGCUCCAGCCUGGGCCAGAGCCCCUCCUUGCAACCCACCACAUCCUCCCUGGGACUCAGAGCACCCUGCCCCUUCCUUUCCUUUCCGUGGGCCCUCUUUAAAAUUCCAGCCAAGUCUGGUCAGCUUUCCUAUCAGCCUUCCCAAGGUUCCAUCCUGUUGCGGGCAACUUUUCUAAUUAUAAACGUCACAGAAUAUCCUGAUUCAGAAGAGCGCGUCUUUGCCCUGUCUCUGUCACUGCUUGCAGCCCUUAGGAGGGACGAGGGAUCUGUCUCUAUAGAAAGACCUGGACACUUUCUGCUGGGAGAGGAACCAUGUACCUUUUCGUGUGGAGAGCUGAGUUUUCAGGCUUCUUGCUGCUGCGUUCUCUAGAUGGGAGGCCUCCCCCACCUCGGCUGGGCUUAACAGCCGAUAACCAUUUCCAGAGUGUUUUUGGCUCACGAUAGACCUGAGCACUGGACGCCGUCCACCCUCGUGGUUGUAGCUGAGAGAUUCCAAAGUAUGAAGGGGAAGGCAUGGGCUUGUGUAGACGGCGUAACAAAGGUUCU